AUGAGAACCUGGAAUAACACAAAGGUAGCCGACUUUAUCCUUAUGGGGUUGACAGACUCUGGGGAGAUCCAGGUGACCCUUUCUGCGCUGUUUCUCCUGAUCUACCUGAUUACUGUGCUGGGCAAUCUAGGCAUGAUCUUGCUAAUUUGCCUGGAUCUCCAGCUUCACACCCCGAUGUAUUUUUUCCUCACUCACCUCUCAUUCAUUGACCUCAGCUACUCAAGUGUCAUCACCCCUAAAACCUUAGAGAAGUUACUGACCUCCACCAAGAACAUUUCCUUCGUGAGCUGUUUCACCCAGCUAUUCUUCUUUGUCCUAUUUGCUGCUACAGAAUGUGUUCUGCUCUCCACAAUGGCCUAUGAUCGCUAUGUGGCUAUCUGCAAACCUCUGCAGUAUCCUGUAAUAAUGUCCUCAAGACUCUGUUAUUCUCUGCUCACUGGAUCCUAUAUAACUGGCCUUUUGGAUUCCUCUGUCAAUGUUCUUUGCAUAAGCACAUUGCAUUUCUGCAACUCUAAUGUCGUCCACCACUUUUUCUGUGACAUAUCUCCAAUUUUAGCUCUGUCCUGCACUGACACCUAUGGAAUUGAAAUGAUGAUAUUUGUUCUUGCCGGUGCUACUCUAAUGAUGUCUCUUAUCACAAUAGCUAUGUCCUAUGUGUCCAUUCUGUCAACUAUUCUGAAAAUUAAGUCUACUUCAGGAAAGCAGAAAGCCUUCUCCACCUGUGCCUCCCACCUGCUGGGGGUCACCGUUUUUUAUGGCACUAUGAUCUUUACCUAUUUAAAACCCAAGAAGUCCUACUCCCUGGGAAAGGAUCAAGUGGCUUCUGUGUUCUACACGAUUGUGAUCCCCAUGCUCAACCCACUCAUUUAUAGUCUUAGAAACAAGGAAGUGAAAAAUGCUUUCUUUCGAGUCAUGCAGAAGAGAGUGCCCACCAGGCAACUAAAAUGA